CCAGUGUGAGUCCUGCGGAGCCUCAGUUGAUCGUGUGACUGUGACUUGGUAACCAUGUCCCUGUCUCGAUGUGUUUCCUCCGCCCUGAGAACUCGUCAAGCCCUACAUAGGGUUGUUCUCCCUGUGGCGGCAGUAACUAGUGAUGUUGUUAAGGCCAGCGCGGUAGACUGGAGAGCUGGCGCGUGUAUGGCUCCAUUGCAGAGUCAAGUGACGGCGGUGAGGGAGUACAGUAAGCGAGUCAGUGCACGAAGACAGGCCAGGUCGUCCUCCUCCUCAGAUUCUUCCGAUUCUGACCGUGGCGUCGGUAGAGGCAAGCGGGCCCUGAGGGCCCAAACACCUUUCUGGCGGAAGAAGAUGCGCACUCACCAUAGAUUGUUUGACGUAAAUAAAGACGGCGUUGUGUCUUGGGACGACUUCGAAGCGCUCAUCGGCAAGUUCAAAGAGCUUGGACACCUCUCACCAAAAGAAGUUGGAAAAUUAACUGAUGCUCUAAGACAUGUGUGGGAGGAGGAAUGGGGAGCUUCUAGUGAUCCCUACAUCUUCAUCGGGCAAGAGCAGUUCCUCUCACAAAUGGAGCACGUCAUCAACACCAAAGAACUCCGCAAGAGAGUUGCCAGUCCCCUCCCAUAUUUCUUUAAGGCUGUAGACACUGACGGGAGUGGGGAAAUAUCAGUUGCAGAGUUCAAGAUGUUCUACGCUUGCCUCGGUCUUUCAGAAGAGGCUGCCACUGAGUCCUUUGCAGCCAUCGACAUUAAUGGUGAUGGGAAGCUAAGCAUGAAGGAGUUCAUCAAGCUGGGCAGAGAGUAUUUCCUUGCUGAGGAUGAGACCCGGCCCAGCAAGCUCUUUUGGGGUCCCCUCUCAGAAUGAAAUCUCCCCUUCCAACAUCUGCAUGACAAGGAUCCUGGGAUCAUACUCCCAUUCAGUACAGAAAUAUGUUAACUAUAACUGAUCCAGGAGAAAUAAAUCAUGAUGCUGUAUUACUCUUCUAAGGAUGACUUAUUGACUGGAAAUGCUAUACAUUAUAUUAAUAUGUACAGUAUCUAGGGAAAAUGUGAUAAUAUAACAUUUGAGAAUAUUUCCUUAAUGACUGGCUUACAUGUGGGAAAGAUGUGCUGUGACAAUAUUGUAGAGGAAAUAUUUCCCACUGGCUUAUUUAUGUAUUGCUGACUUAUUUAGGAACAUUGUUUUGUACAGAUUAUUGAGGAAAACAGUUUUAUAGUAUAGUGUUUUCAGGGGUCAAUCAGGGAAAACUCAUCUCAUUGUGUUUUAGGGGCUUUAUCCAGGGAAAAUAUGUAGUGUGAUGCAAUUUUUUUUAUAUAGAUACAGAAGAGAAUAAUUUCACAUGUGUGAGAAUGAGGCAGACACUUGCUAACGUUUCUAAGUUCACCUUACUGAUUAUUGUGUAUUUUUUAUCUGAAGUACACCCUGAGGUGUUAUUGUAGUACUGUAGUUAUAACAUGUUUAUAAUCAUUUAAUGUAUGAACCUUAAACUAUUAUAUAGUGAAAGCUUAGUACAAUAAUUUUAUAUAUUGUACUGUACUGUACUUUGGGGAGGAAGGAUAGGCAUAAAAUUAUUAUACAGUAAAAGGUCGAUUGCAUGGGUCAUUGCCUCAUUAAGCUAGUACAUACAGGUACACUCGCCAAAAACUUCUCAAACGCUAUAAGCACUAAGCAAUCUGAAAAAUGAACGAAGAAUCUGAAACCACUCCGAGAUGACAAGCCCCAUUCUGCACAAUCUUGGAUCCAUUGUGUUUGAGAAGUUUAUGUUGAGUGUACAAUAAUAUUCAACAAUUCUCCACUCUUUGUCUGUUUUGCUUAUUAUUCCCAUACUUUUUCCUCAUCUUUUCCUAAUUCUCUGAGAAAUUUCACUACACAAUAUGGACAUAUAAAACAGAUAUGAAAGGAUCAUUUAAAGUUGUGAAUUUAGUCAUUAACGGUAUAACAAGCAUCUGGUAGAAGACUUGCUAUAAUACAUUAAUGUAAAUGUAACGGCUUUGUAGUAUAUCUUGUAGAUUAAUGUGCAUAAAAAUGGAUUAUUUAAUUAAAACUGUAAAAAUUAA